AUUCACUUUCACCGUAACAACUUCCUCUUUCAUGUUGACUCGCUGAGCCUAUCCUUAAACUUGUUGUGCGCCUAAGUUUUCAGCCCAGGCAUGCAUAAAACAAAAUUAACCACCAAUGAAACUGAAACUGAAGUUGUGGAUUUACACGUGGAAACAAAAGGAGUGGAGACGCCGAAGUGGAGAGGCAGAAGAGGAGAGGCCAGGCAGGAGAACAGAUGAGAAACGGAAUAUCUCACACCUAGCCGACAGAAACUCAUUAAGGUGAGUUAUUAAAUACAUUUCUGACUGAAAUCUUACUUUCAUUUACUUUAGAAUUAGACAGACCAGCUGUCUCCUGGGUUAGACUCCUUAUCCGUCCUGCGGAUUAUCGCUGACAGGGAUCAGCACAAAUUUUGAGCUCCCCUUUAUCUUGCUUUCAUUUGGAAUCAGAUUAGCUGCAUGUCAGAGUGUUUAAACUAAUAUAUACCAAGUCAAUCAGUGUAGAAAACUCAAAGCGUACAACUAGCUGUUAUUUUUAUAGAAAUAUGAAUGUGUAGCCGCUCAUCAUUAGGUCACACCCACUAAUUAAAUAGCUGCGAAAGCUGCUAUCCCAUUUUCCAGGAAGCCUGUUUCCAGGAAGCCUGGAAAAUAGGGACAAAAGCGCCACACCACACAUGUGUUUGCAAAUAAAUACCAAGCAUUAUGUGUAGUGGUAUGGCUGCCACAGCUCUGCACCUGGAUUUACAUUAGGUAUAAGUAUAUCAACCCAGAGAAGAAAAACUUUGAAGAGAAGAGAAGAGAAGAGAAGAGAAGAGAAGAGAGGAGAAGAGGAACUUUGUGUAUUGUUUCUGAACCACUGAGUUCUUCAAUCACUGAGUUAUUCAAUAAACUUACUCUUAUUACUUUCAUAAUGAACCACUGCUUUCAAAUUGUUCUCACUAGCUGGUCCUGGUUCAUCAGAACUUUUCAUGGAUCUGUUUGUUUCAGAUGCACUCCCUCAGAGAUCAGGAUGCCCUCAUCCCCAGGCCUCGUGGGACUUUGCCAAAGAUGUGCGCUCUGGUCCUGGCGGCUGUAACAAUCGGAGGCGUUGUGAUUCUGUCACCUGAUACAUUUUUUAGUUGGGUUGCCAUGGUUUCACUAAUCCUGACCCUCGGACCUUUGCUGCACGGGCUCUGUCUGCUUGCAGAGGAGAUAUUGCAUCAUUCAAACACAAGGUGAGGGCAAAGGUGUCAGGGAGUGGGAGUGUGAAAAUGAUGGCGUGGUCUUCAUCAUGAAGUGUGUCGUUUAGAUUUGGUGAUAAAUGCUGAGUCAGCAUUAACAGGGUCCACAUUACCAUCUCUUACUCUUUACACUCAGGUACUGUGGUGGACGACUGUUGAGCCAUGUGCUGCCAGCCUGUGGUUUGGGAGGAAAAACCCUGUUGGCUGCAGUGCUGGCAGGUGUUUGUCUCUACCUGACUGGAAACCCCCUUCCACAGAAAAGCCAGUGCUGCCUGCUCUCGCUCCUGAUGUCUGUUCUUUACGCUCUCUUUAAAAGCCUGGGACUCCUGGUAAGGUCUACACUGGACUCUUAAACUGUGGCUUUGAGUCUUGACAUAUCUAGUUCUAUAAGCGCUACAGCGCGACUGUACAUGAUCAGAAUGAAAGACGUGUGAACAAAUGACUCAAUCAGUUUCACAUUUGAUUCGUUCGGAGGAUUUCACUUACAUCAUUUUCUCUGGAAGGUGCAGCUGUAUUGCUUAAUGGUUUGAACAGAUCACUGCAGAGGUUGUUCAGUUGUGCUGUCAUAAAUCUACUUAGUUGACAUUGCUCUUUGAACUUGACUCAGUCGACAUUAAACUUCCAUCACACCAAGAGUAAUAACAAUAACAAUAACAAAAGAACAGGCUGUCCUGCACUUGCCAACAACAACAUAUCAAAAGCAGAAAUCAUCGUUAACUGCCAUUUCUUUAUUCUACCUUUACAAAUCAUACAAAUAAUAAUUAGUUAUCAGCUGUUUAGUGUGAGGGACUCACAAUCAAUCAAUCUAACUUUAUUUUUAAAGCACUUUUCAUAGAUAUAAUGUAGCACAAGUGCUCUCCAUUCAAGCAGGACUUUAAAAACAAUGAAAUAAAUUAAAUAAAAAUACAACGCACACACACACACACACACACACACACACACACACACACACACACACACUUGCUCCCAGUGUGUGUCCUCCACUGGUGUAUGAUUGUGAGUGUUGUGUGGUGGUGGUCGGAGAGGCCGUAGGCGCAGAAUGGCAGCCACGUUUCCACCACCACCAAAGUGUGACUGUGUGAGCGAAUGAAUGAUGUAUCCAAUGUAAAGCGCUUUGAGGGUCUCUGAUAAAGCGCUAUAUGAAAUCUGAUGCAUUAUUAUUAUUACACACACACACACACACACACACACACACACACACACACACACACACACACACACACACACACACACACACAUGAGGAAACACUGGAUCUUGGACUGAAGCAAUAAAACCAUAAUAAAAUAUGAUAAAGGUGAUAAAGUGUUAAAAGUUAACUGAAUAAAACAGUCUUAAAAUCAAACAGUAACAGAAAGUAAAUUAAAAAAGAGGUAAUAAAAAGACAAAGUAGUCACUCUAGGACUAAAAAAGGGUGAAGUCUCAUAAUGCAAAUUAAAAGAUUAGAACAAAGUUCAACCAACAGCCAGGCCAUAAAGGUAGGUCUUGAGUUCACCCUAAUGUAGUUGGUAAUGUUGUUUGGUAAUGUUGUUGUCAUAUCCCUCCACCUGUUGUGCAAAAAGGGGUUAGAUGGCUCCAAGACUCAGUUGAGUGAGAUGUGAGUGUCCUGAAACCACAAUACUUGUGCACAUGAUGCAGAUAUAAGGGGAAAAAAAGAGAGCGAGAGAUCGCCAGAAGUCACCUUGCUGAUUUAAACUGUUUCAUUUCCAGCAGGUCAAAGUGAUUUAUAGACCUUUUUAUCACCAAGCUAAAUGAUAAUGUCAUAUUUCAAAUGUACUUCAGCAUGAUGAAUAAGUGACAUUUUGAAACUGUGUAAUGUUUGCUGCUGCCCCUGACUGUUUUUUCUUUUAUUACUGCGUAUAAUCCAAGUGUUUAGGGUAGGACACCUGGAUGACAGCAGUUUUCUCAGUCACCAGUAAGGGGGGCCCCCAAACUGAUGCAAUCUGUGAUCAUUUUAAUUCAAUCUCUGACAAGUCUAAGAUCCAGCAUCAAAGAUGUGUGUGUUGAACAACACUACAUUUACUCAGCACAACCCUCCAAAACACUGCAAUCUAUUCAAUACUCAGCAUGUCAAGAUUACAAGUAUGUUGCCCAGACAAGUCACAACAGGAGUCUGAAACAUGCUGUACUUCCAAGAAGACAAUAAAACCCAAAACCUUUGAAUAAGUUAAGUAAAAAGGUUAUGAAGGAUAAUGUUUAAAUGUUGGGGAAAUAGCUAAGUUGUGGCUCAGUUGUGGCUCAAGAGCGCUACACUUCCUAAAGCAUUGGAUGAUGGGAAGUGAGUUGACAUGUUUGAAAUAAAAAUAGGCUCUAAUAAAGUCUUCAUCAGCAAGAAUGACCAUAGCAGUCACUCUGCGAAGAACUGCGUUUUUAUUCUUAACUAAUCGGCAUGGUGCUUUAGCUGUUACUGUCUGCUCCCUUUGCAUCGAAUCAUGUCUAAAAAUAUAUUUGUCCCACAUAGCAAAGGGCAGCUCGGUACAGGGAUGCCCUUUUCUGCUACCUGACACCACUGGAAAGGUGUCAGGCGUCUUCAGAGCAGGGGUGAGGUGUUGUGACAUCCUUCUGGCUGUUUGUAUUGGUGUACAGGGUCCAUCAGAGGUGGAGGUGUCAGACAUCUGCGAGGGAAGAAAGAUGAACGUCGCUCACGGCUUGGCCUGGUCCUUCUACCUCAGCUACCUGCACCUGGUGCUUCCACGUCAGUAGCAGUAAAACACCUCACACGUUUGCAUCAUCGUCCACUGAGUUUAAAUGUUCAUCUUUGGUUACACACCAGAGCUGUAUCUCUGUAUUGAAAUGCAGGUCCUAAUAAAUGCAUCAAUCAAUGUUGGCGCAAAGAACUGAACGACUGCAUUUGUGUUUGUGUCCAUUCAGAUUUGGAGAACUCCAUCGCAGCAUUUCGUGCCACUCAUCAGGCCAGCAGCACCUGGGGUUGUGGCUCCAAGAAACUUCUUAUCCUCGUACCCCUUAAUGCCAACAUUUCUCACAAACUGGAGGACGAGGACAGCAACAUCUCUUUCUACGAUAACCUCCCCAACACUGAGAUUGACAGGGCAGGAGUUCGGGGGCGGGUCUACAAGCACAGUGUCUACAGAGUUAAAGAUGAGCAAGGGAAGGUAGGUGGGGAUUUGUUAUCCUUGAGGGAGACUUUGAGUAAACUCAGUGCAGGAAAAAACAGGCAAGACAUUACAGCUAAAUUCACUAUGGGCACAUUCCUUGAAAUCUUUAGAUCCUAGCUUGGUAUCAACGUGUCUGACACAACAGAUAGGUUUUCUGUCUGUCUUGAGACCUGUAACGUCAAAUCAGUCAGUCAUAGAGCCUGUAACAUGAGUGCAACUGAGCUAAGAGUUGGACUCUUAAAAUGAGACGUGUUGAGGCUUUCUUCUUUGAUCACACUUUUCAGAUGUGUUAAGAUAGUAUGUCAAAGUGGCCUAUAUUCACCAUGUUUGAUGAAGAUAUCUAACACUGAUGGAUAACUGAACCACCUUUGUACUUCAGUAAAUUCAAAGGAAGUUUGUGAAGGAUUGAAGAAGCCUGAAAUUCAUCUGAGACCAGAAAUAGCCUCCAGUUACAACAAAGAUACUGCCAGUAUGAUUUAUGUCAGUAUUUUACAGCUGCAGUCGUUACACAUAGUAAGCUGAUGAUGUCUUCUCUUUACUCCAUUAAGACUCUUAUUUGAUUGAAGAUUACUUUUACAGCAACAAGGAGCAAGUCAGUAUUUUACUCCACCACAUUUACUCCACUUCCUAUAUCUCAAUAAUUUUAUCAGCUUUGUUUUUUUUUUAUACAUACAUAACCAUGAACUUCCUGUCAGUUGCAACUGUUUGUUUUAGGAGUUUAUCCUGAUAGCUCUUUUUCCAUUUUUUAUCUAUAAAUGGAUGUUUUGUAAUAAAAACACAUAGUGUGGGAAUAGACCAAGAACGGCCUUAUAAAUGAAGGUGCACCAAUGUAUUUGACUUUUGGUUGCCAGGGAUGGCCAACAAACCUGGACGUAACUCACAGUGGGAAGUAAAAAAUAAAAGGAACAAGCUUUAGCUCAAGAAUUGUAUUCUGAGGAAUGUCAAAUGUCUUUAACAGCCUGUACAAGAAUUACUGCACCACAGUAUACAACCAUGUCAUCUGCAUAGAAAUGAAAUGUAACAUCUGAUACAGAUUAUUCACAUAAAUAGUUAACAAGAGGGCCUAAAACAGAGUCCUGGUGCUCUGAAGAACAUCAAAUGGUUAUAACCUUUGGUUGGAUUUUGUGCCAAGUAAUACAAACUGAAAAGAAUUCACUUUCCUGAUUUUUGUAGAGUAUCACAGGGCUUCUUUGCUGACUGGCUUUAACAGGUAUCUAAUGCUACUGUAAUCAUAAUGUAGACCAACAGUCAAAAUCUUUUGUUAAAUUUCAUCGUAACAUAUUUUUUGGUCUACUUUUUGUCAUUCUGAAACUUGUGGAACCUCAACAGGAUAGAUGAUUUGUACUUCACAGUAAAAAUAAUAAAAAGCGUAGGAAACACAUCACCUUCACCUGCGACCACAAAGCAUCAGUACCAUCUCCUGGUGAAAGACGAGAACCUGCAACAGGGAAGCUCAUUUAUUAAAGCGCAGUAACAGCACCAUCUACCUGUAAAUUAUGAUCAUCAAUGAAGUCUGAGGCCACCGUUUCACAAGCUUCUAAUGUUCAAGAUUAAUCCUGGACUCUCUGUCGUACUCAUGUGUUGGUGCAUGUGUUUGUGCGUACACAGGUCCGUGAGUGUGUGUGUGAGUAUGCAACUCCUCUGCUGACCCUGUACAAAAUGUCCCAUGAGAGCAGAGCUGGUUUUGGGGAGUCUGAGCGCAGACAGCAGGUUUUGCUCUUCUUCAGAACCCUACAGGACAUACUGGAGCACUCACUGGAGUGUCGCAACCGCUACAAACUCAUCACACUUAAUGGUAGGACAACAUUUCCACAUCACAGUUUCACUUUUAAUCAUUUGUGUGCUAUCAGUUGCAGACUUGCUUAUGCACAUUGUGAGCUGAGAAGCCCAAAAAGGGUCUCUUUACGUUUUAUUGAUUUUACAGUUGAUUUGUGCAAUUUACACUGUAUCUCCCACCUGAUACAAAUUCUACUGCAGAAAAUUAUACAUGUAUUCAGUUUGAAAACCAACAAAAUCCAUUUUGGUGUGUUUUACCAAUUAAGCAAGGAAAACAAUCUGCAGUUUUGAAAGCUCAGGAAACUAUCAAAUGUUGGAGGAAAAUUUUGUGAAAAGAUCAGACUUCUCACCCAACUACACAAAAAUUCUGCUCCAUAACUGAUGAUGUAGGAAAGGUGACUUUUACAUCCUCUAAAAUAAAAACAGUUAAAGAAACACUGAACAAACACAGACGUGAAUUAUUCUCCUAUCUCAAAAAGUUGAACAUCUCUGAAACCAUACAGGUUUUUAGCCCGAUGGGAUCCAUUGUUCAUAAAACUACUUAGAUUUCUGCAGAGCUACUUCAACCGUGCAGCUUAUUAUACCUGCUAAAGGUAGAAUAUAGAGACAUCUGACUUUGGCUGCUGCAACACACAGUGGUCUCCAACUCUUGGUAACUCUAGACCUCUCAGAAAACUGCCCAGAAAUUAAGAAGCCAUUCACUGAACAGGGUGAACUACACUCAUGCUCUCCUUCAUUAGUUGCAAAAUAAGCUGCUCAGCUCACUGUUUAACAAAAUAUUAGUGCUCCUAUGAUAGAUGUUCUUCAUUUUAGCAUUAUAAUAGAGUUUUAGUCCAUCAGUAUCAUUAUAUUGCAACAGCCCUUGUAUGGUCCAUAGCUGUCCAUUUGAAUCAACAGUCCAUGUUAAUAAAACAGGCUGAUCAGACAAACCACAGUUCAUGUUUAUCCUUCCUCCAGACGAGCAUGAGGAAGACCCUCACUUCCUGUCAAAGACCAUCCUCAGGCACCUGCAGCAACAGGAGAAAGAGGAGUUCUGCCUUACCCCACAUCCUCGCCAGGAAAUGGCGGAUCCCUUUGCAUGUGUUAGUCCUCUGUCUGAGAGGAGCCAAAUGAGCAGAGAACCCACGAUCAUGAUGAGCAUGGAGCAACCUCAGUCACUGAAGGUACCUGAGGAAUGCACUGACCACUUCUAUGUAGCAAAAUGAACAGACAGACAGACACACACACAUGCGCACACACACCUCAACAUUUACUAUCUUACUGUCCUCUGUCAUACUAUUGUCUGACUAUUUACCAACUUUAUAUGUAUAUGAUGUAAAAAAGGGCCUUAAAUAAAUGCAGCCUCAUGCUUGGAAAA